CGGCCGGCAGUAUCGGAUGGGACACGCGCGCUCCCUCGGUGGCACCGAUAAACUGCGCCUUCACCUCGCCAUUGGACGCCUCCGCCUUCUCGCCCGCCCGCCAGAUUAGCUUAGCUUAGUCGUCGUUUUCCAACGCUCACGGGUUGCGCGUGCGUCCAUGCUAGUGCUCCGGAGGAGGCGAUCGGCAACCUCGGUGUGGCAAGGGCGACUGGUCGUCGGCGUUCGCCAAGGGUCUGAGCUUCCAGAAACAGGCAGACGGCAGCAAUGGCAGGGUCAACUACCGGCGCCGUCUUCCUGGCCCUGAUCAUCGCCCUCCUCGUGGUAAUCAUCAUCCUGCUCGGCGUCUGCUGGAAGUUCCUCGGGCCGGGCAUCAUGAGGAGGUUGCUGAGGCCGAGGAGAUGUCCUUCAGAGCUGCCCGAAUACUUCAGCGGCAACAUGAGCGGCAACCUGCGCACCAUCACCUACUUCGACUACGCGGCGCUGAAGAGGGCCACCAGGGAUUUCCACCAGAAGAACCAGCUCGGGAGAGGAGGAUUUGGGCCAGUUUAUCUGGGGAAGCUGGACUGUGGUAAGAAAGUGGCGGUGAAGCAGCUGAGCGUGGGCAAGUCCGGGCAGGGCGAGUCGGAGUUCUUUGUGGAGGUGAACAUGAUCACCAGCAUCCAGCACAAGAACCUCGUCCGCCUCGUCGGCUGCUGCUCCGAGGGCACGCAGCGCCUGCUCGUCUACGAGUACAUGAAGAACAAGAGCCUCGACAAGAUCCUCUUCGGGGGUGAUGGGUUGCCGUUCCUGAACUGGCGCACCAGGCACCAGAUCAUCGUCGGCAUCGCGCGCGGGCUGCAGUACCUGCACGAGGAGUCCAACCUGCGCAUCGUCCACCGCGACAUCAAGGCCAGCAACAUCCUCCUCGACGACAAGUUCCAGCCCAAGAUCAGCGACUUCGGGCUCGCCCGUUUCUUCCCGGAGGACCAGGCGUACCUCAGCACCGCCUUUGCCGGCACGCUGGGGUACACGGCGCCGGAGUACGCCAUCAGAGGCGAGCUGACGGUGAAGGCCGACACGUACAGCUUUGGCGUGCUGGUGCUCGAGAUCAUCAGCAGCUUGAAGAACACCGACCUCACCCUCCCCAACGAGAUGCAGUACCUGCCUGAACACGCCUGGAGGCUGUACGAGCAGAACAAGAUCCUGGAGCUCGUGGACGCCAAGGUGCAGGCCGGCGAGGGGUUCGAGGAGAAGGAGGUGAUGCAGGUGUGCCAGAUCGCGUUGCUCUGCGUGCAGCCCUACCCGGAGUCCAGGCCGGCCAUGUCGGAGGCCGUGCGGAUGCUCACCAUGAAGACCGACCAGACCAUCCCGCCGCCGGUCAAGCCGGCGUUCCUUGACAGGAAGAACCUCAACCGGGACAACAAGGACGCCGACACCUCCACCAUGGAGAUGAUGAGGUCGCCGGCGUCCUACUGGAUGAUGACGCCGUCGCCCGCUGUCGACAGGCCCUACGACAUGAGCUUCGGAAAAUGAUCCACGAUCACCGGUGCACUGCUGCCGUACUAGCUCUCAGGGCAUAGCAUUUUGGUGCUGCGUUUUGCCUGGCUAUCUUGUAGAUAUUAACAGUUUUGAGACGAAACAACAGUUUAUGUACCAAUGCGUGCAGCUUAGUGUGCUGCUUUGCUUCUGAUGAAAUAAAAUGCGUGACGUGGUGUGAGUGGUAUUAUCAUUUUGCAAGGUUGAUCAAGAGAAUAAUAGG